GGAGAGGUUUAGGUAUAGUGAUUUUAAGUUGGACGAAUACGCUGUUAAGAUGGCGGUGUUGUAUUUCGUUUCUAAUUGCUUGUUCACAAGCCCUAAUUCCAAGAAGGUUCCUAAUGAAAUACUCAAUAUUGUUGGGAUUGGUGAUUAUGAGAGUUUUCCUUGGGGAAAAUUAGUUUUUAAGAAAACUUUACACAACUUGAGGAUUGGUUUGAGGGGUGUACCAAAGAAAAAAACAGGGAAAGAUAUUGGUUCCAAGCAUAUUGAUAAGCGUAAAGGGAAAGCAAAGGCUGCUGAUAAAGAAUCUUCGAGGACUUACAAGUUGCCUUGUUUUCCUUAUGCAUUUCUUGUUUGGAUUUACGAAACUAUUCCUCUUUGUCAGAAGGCUGGUUUUUGUGAAUAUGAUAGUGAUCCAGAAUAUAGGAUUUGUAGAUGGUUGAAUGUGGGUCUUCCUAAUAAUAGUGCUGUUGAGAGGAAAGUUUUUUCAUCUCCUAAGCUGAAAGGUGAAUAUAUAUUUCCUACAGAUGAAGAGAGAUCAAUGCUUAAUCUAUCUGGUCUUGAGUUUAUUGAGAAGGAAGAUUCAGAUGUUGAUGUUGAUCGAGUUGGUGCGAUUGGUUUACAAUCUUCUAUUUUAAAUGAGUUAAGGAGGGACGUUAAAAAAGUAAUUCAAAAGCAAUUACAUUUUGAUGGGUCUUUUGAGGGUUUUACAUCAGAUAUUAAGUGUAGAUUCAAGGAGUUGGAACUCAAUAUGAUUUCCCACAUAGAUUCUAAGAUUGAUGAAAGUUUGCAAUUUUACUUGGAUUUGAAAUUUAAUGACUUGAAAGAAAAGUUUGAUGAUUUAAAAGCUUCUCAGAGUGUCGUGGAUAUCCGUGAUGAUAGUGGUGGUGAUAGUGAUGAUGAAUCUGGUUUGAAAGAUGGUGUUAAUGUUGAUUUGGCAGUGAAGGAUGAUCUAGUUAUGAAAGAGGUUGAUGAUGUAGAUUUGGUUACUGAAAAUGUUAAAGAUUAUUCUAUUGAUCCUGUUUUAAAUCUUGCUGAAAGUGGUGGUGUGUUGGUUAAUGAGGGAGACACUGUUGUAGAGGGUGAAGGUUUACAAAAUGUUGGAGAUGGUGGUUUGGUUAAAGAAGGACACACUGCUUUACUGGGUGAUAAUGAUGAUGUUCCAAGUUUUGAUAUAAUGGGUUUUCUUUCAUCUCAGCCCGAUGCUAAUGCUGAUAAAGAGAAGAGGAAAAAACAAGAUGAAGAUGAUCAUGCUAAGUUUAAAGAUUUAAAUAAGAAAUCAAAGGAUGAUGAAGAUGAUGGUGAUGACCAGGUAACCACUUUGUAGAUUCUGUUUUUUUUUAUUUUCUUAAUUUUUUUUUUCAAUUUUUUAUUUUUAUUUUUUAUAUUUUUAUUCUCAUUAUAAGGUAAUUUCAUUUUUUAGGGUAUGGGUGGUGAUGUUGUUUCUUCUAUUGUAAAAGAAGUUAUAAAGGGAAUUAAUGAAGGUGAUGACAAAUCUAAAAAAGGUGGAGCAGUUAGCAAGGGUGAUGUUGGUGGUGAAGCAAGAAAAAAUAUGGUUGAUUCAUUUGUAAUUGAUGUUGUUGAGGCUAGUGUUAUUGGGUCUCCUAACUUGUUUGAUAGUCAAGGUACAGAAGAUAGUAUUACUUUGUCAGCCAUGGAGAUCAUUAAUGAAAAAAUUGAAACCAUUGAAGGAAGCCUGAAAAAGGUACGUAUAAUGUUAAUGGAAUUAACAGUUGGUCAAAGUGUUUCUUUUUUUUUGUUUGUAUAUUGGUUUGUUUAUUAUUGUUUAUGUAUUAAUCUGUUUGAUUUUGUUUCUAGGAAAAGAAUUUAGAAGCUAAUUCUUAUGAGUUUGCAAAGAGGGUUCCCAAUAUUGGAUCUGCAUUGAGGAGUCCAUUUACAUCUGAUUUUGGUUCUAUUGGGAGUAGUAGUAAACCAAAGGGAGAACAAUCUAAGUUGCUUGCUUUUUCUUCAGUUGCACUUGACCGUAUUGAUGAUCUUCAGUCUAAACUGUUUGAGCAGUGGUUUAAGGUCGGUUUUAAUGAUAGGAACAAGAUUAAAAAGUUUAAAGAACGUGAUAGGAAAUUAAAAGUCUCGUUGGAUUUUGCAAUUAUGAAGAUUGAUGAUAAGAUGUGGUCUUAUGAUUUGUUGACUCUUGGAAGGAAUUUGUCAUGCUCGGUUAGUCCCUUUAUUUUAUUUUUCUUUUUGAUUUGAAAUGAGUUAUUACAUUAUAUUUAAUUUUUUAUGAAUUUAUUUUGUCUUUUUUUUUUCCAAUGUAGCAUUUGGAUGUUUGUUUUUACUACUUGAGAAAGGAGAUAAAGUACAAUGAGAGUGUAAACUCUUUUGUUAAUACCACUGAUUGUUUCUUUGCUGCCUAGAUUUUUGAGAUGUAUAAUGAGUUUGUUAAGAAUGAUUGUGACAUUGAAUCUGUUAAGAAGGACAGCAAAGCUUCUGCAUACAUAGUUGGUUUUGGUAUGUAUUGCAGUAAAAAAAUAGAUUGAAUUAGAUAAUAUCUUAAUGCCUAUUAAUCUGAUUGAUUUGGCUCACUGGAUUAUGUGCAUUUUUGACAUACGUUUGAGAUGUCUUAAAGUGUGCAAUUCUAUGAGAUUUGGGAGGUACAAGAACUCAGAAAAAUUGGUUCGUGCUUUUGCUGUCAUGUUGCCUAUUUUGUUGUCACAUGUAAAUUUUUAUGAUCAAAGGAAAGAUAUUGAUAAGAGCACAGGAUUUUUUCAAGGAAAGAGUGAGACAGACCCUUUGGAAAUUGUUAUCGUUCAAGAUUUGCCUCAACAAGAGCAGUGGUAAUCUUUUUUUUUUUUUUGUUAUUUUUUUGUUUUUAUGUUCUUAUUUGAUUAUAUUCGUUUCUGUUUCUUUUUUGUAUCUAACUGUUUGUUUUUGAUUUGUCACAGUGACUGUGGUGUUUUUGUUAUAAAGUACGCUGAGUAUUUUAUUCAUGGAUUGAUUGACAAGAUUCCGAAGGAGUUGGACAUUCCUUUUGUUCGAAAGAAGCUGUGUGUUGAGCUCUUUGUUCAUGCUAAGAAGAAGGAAGUGAGUGGUUAUGAAUCACCUUCAGAGUAUCCUGGGAGGAUGGAAAAGGAUGGAAAGAAAAAGAAGUAGUUGUUUAAUGUAGUUGGAAACACUUUUGUUUCUUGUUGUUUUGAUACUUUUGUACGGGUUAUUAUUGACUAGUUUGGGUAGUUAUGAACGUUAAACAUAUUAACCUUCUUUUUGCUUGGUCAUUUUGUCAAACGUAUGUAUGGAUAUUGGAACUAUUUUCAGUACCUUUAAUAUGAUAUUAAUGCAGGUUGCUUUUGGAGUUAA